CCAAACCACCACUUCUACUCUCUCUCUCGUCUCUGUUUUCUCCUCUGUUUUCUUUACUCUCUCUCUCUCUCUUUUCUUCUUCUUCUUCUUCUCCACUGUCUUCUCAAAUCUUCAGUGCGUGUGUGUGGAGACUUCUGCUGCCUUUUCAAAAAAUGACGAACCAGAAUGUGGUAGCAUCCGAUGAGAAAUCGGCUGUUGAUAUCAGGAUCAGGUUUCUCUUGCCCAAAUCUUUAUUUUCACCGGACGGCCCAAAGCCAUUACCUGCUCCAAGACUGGCAAAGAAGAUUGAAACAGGUGGAGUAGCAACAGCAGCAGCCAAAACGAAUGCUUGGGUUAAUUCAAUGAGAGAUUCUUCCCCUACCCGUGUCAAAUCCACCUGUUCUUUAUCAGAAUCCGAGGAGAAAAAUUCUUGGAUUAUGAAUCAUCCGUCGGCUUUAAGCAUGUUCGAGCAAAUAGUGAAUGCUUCUAAAGGAAAGCAGAUUGUGAUGUUUCUUGAUUAUGAUGGUACACUCUCACCCAUUGUUGAAGACCCUGAUCGAGCAUUCAUGACUAAUGAAAUGAGAGAGGCUGUGAGGGACGUUGCAAGAUAUUUUCCUACAGCUAUAGUGACAGGAAGGUGCAGAGACAAGGUAAACCCCCAUUUUGUUCUUCUUCUUGAAAGAAAAUUACAUUUUGGUGUUUUACUAUAUUUGGUUAAUAAUGUUUUGUCUUUUGUUGUGAAAAUCUUGCAGGUCUACAGCUUUGUAAAAUUGGCAGGACUUUACUAUGCCGGUAGCCAUGGCAUGGACAUAAAGGGACCAUCCAAAAGUCGCAAGUACAAAAAAGAUCAGCAAGCUCUGCUCUUUCAACCUGCCAGUAAAUUUUUGCCCAUGAUUGAUGAGGUGUGCAAAGUUCUGGUAGAGAAAACAAAAUCCAUCCCUGGAGCUAAAGUGGAAAAUAACAAAUUCUGCGUAUCUGUACACUUCAGAUGUGUUGAGGAAAAGAUGUGGGCUGCAUUGGCUGAACAAGUUAGGUCAGCACUUAAUGAUUAUCCUCAGCUUAGGCUAACUCAAGGCAGAAAGGUUUUAGAAAUCCGACCAACUAUUAAAUGGGAUAAGGGCAAAGCUCUUGAGUUCUUGUUAGAAUCGCUAGGAUAUGCUAAUUCUAAUGAUGUUCUACCUGUCUAUAUCGGUGAUGAUCGAACUGACGAGGACGCAUUCAAGGUUUUACGAAACCGGGGACAAGGGCUUGGGAUUCUUGUUUCUAAAUUUCCCAAGGAAACAAAUGCCUCGUAUUCUUUGCAAGAACCAGCUGAGGUUAAGGACUUCUUGCGGCGUUUGGUAGAGUGGAAACGUAUUUCUUUUGGAAGAGCGUGUAGAGUGUAAAAGAAAAGACAAAAUAAUUGACUUCCACCCUUUAAUAGUUGGUCAAGGCCCAAGGCUGGAUUUGACAUAUUUCAUUUUUCUUCUUUAAAUGUUGUAAAUGAAGAUGGAAUACAAAGAAUUCCAUAAUUUUGCCAAUCAA